AUGGCUCCAUACGGUCAGAUUGUGAUUGGGCCUCCUGGUGCAGGAAAAUCCACCUUUUGUAAUGGUAUGAACCAAUUUCUCAAUUCCAUUGGCAGGAACUCGUUAAUAAUUAAUCUCGAUCCUGCCAAUGAUAGACUUCCAUAUGACUGUACUUUAGACAUACGGGAUGUCAUUACUCUAGAGGAAAUCAUGAAUGAUGAAGAGCUAAGGUUGGGACCGAAUGGUGGUUUGAUGCAUGCUUUGGAAGUUUUCCAAGAAAGUAUUGAUUUUUUCAUUGACAGAAUACGUGAAUUAAUCAAGUUGAGCAGAGAUGGCAAUUCAACUUAUGUGAUAUUUGAUAGUCCCGGUCAAACAGAGUUAUUUACAAAUUCACCUGUAUUCAAGGAAAUAUUCUUAAAAUUAAUCAAAGAAUUGGAUUUUAGGUUAGUCGUCGUGUCAUUAGUUGAUUCUAUGAACUUGACAAUCCCAUCACAUUGGAUUUCGUCUCUUUUAUUAACUUUAAGAUCGAUGCUGCAACUGGAUUUGCCCCAAAUAAAUGUCAUUUCCAAAAUUGAUCUGUUGAAGGGUUAUGUCGACAGUGAUAAAAUCAGCAAGAUGGAGCAAGCGAAGAGAGAAUUGUCAUUAAAUGACGAGGAAAAAGAGGAGAGUGAACGAAAUAGAGAAAAACAAUGUGAAGAGGACACCUUCCAAGGUGGGUUGCCUUUUAAAUUACAAUACUACACCGAGGUUGAAGACUUACAUUACCUUUUACCAUAUGUUGAAACAGAGAACAACCAAAGAUCGCAUAGAUGGUUCAAUAAAAAAUAUUCUAGGCUAACUGAAGCGAUUGUGGAAUUGAUUGAAGAUUUUGGACUUCUAUCGUUUAACGUUUUAUCUAUUGAAGAUAAAACCUCCAUGAUUAAUCUGUUAUCCCUGAUAGAUAAAGCAAACGGCUAUUGUUUUGGGUCUAAUGAGCUUGGAGGUGAUUCCAUCUGGACCGAUGCUGUGCGACAAGGAGGUAUGGGAUUCAUGGAAGAUAUUGAUAUACAAGAAAGAUGGAUCGAUGAAAAGGAAAGCUGGGAUGCCCUAGAGGAGGAAAAGCACAAGGAACUACUAGAGUACUAUAAGAAGCAAGGGAAACCUCUGGAUGAGGAAACAGAAUGGGAGGAAGCACUGAAAGAGUGGGAAGCAAACAACAAGAAAACCAUCUCAAACUAA